CGUUCUGAAGAUGGCUGCUGGAGGGUUUAAUGCUCGAUUUGUAGAUGAAUUAUCGGACAGAUACACAUGUCCGAUAUGUAUUUUGGCAUUGAGAGAACCAGUGAUAAAGUGGAACAGGAUGAAUCGGAAUUCUACCCAGACAACUACGAUAGAAGAGAAAUAAUGAAUCUGAAGAUCUACUGUGAUCAACAAGAAAAGGGAUGUGGAUGGAAAGGAGAGCUAAAAGACAGAGACACACACAACCAGACUUGUGGUUUUGUUGAAGAAACAUGCAAAAAUGGAUGCGGAGAAAUUUUGAUGAGAAAAGAUAUGGAAAAUCAUAUGCAGGAAAAUUGUAACAACAGGAAUGUCGAUUGUGACUACUGUAAAACCAUAGUGACAUUCAAAUUUUUGGAAGAUCACUUUGGACAAUGUGAGAUGUAUCCAGUCGAAUGUGAAUAUUGUGAAGAAAAAGUGCCUAGAAAAGAGGUAAAUCAACAUGUCAGUCUUGAAGGGACAUGUCCUGGAUGUCCACUAGAAUGUCAAUUUAGUGAAGCAGGUUGUCCGUUUAUUGGCACUAAAAGAGAAUUGACAAUGCAUUUACAAAAUGAUUUUAUAUUUCAUCUUAGUCGUAUGAUGGAUCAACAGUCCAAUUCCAAGGCAUUACUUGUAGCCACAAGAGUUAGUCUUGCUAAACGAGAAUGUGAACUUGAGAAUUUAAAAUCAUUUAUUACCAAGGAGAUUGGAAAGCCCGUUUCUCAAUCUGAUAUUUGCGUGUUUGAGUGGAAUAUAACCAAUUGGUCAGAAAAGACGCGCAAAUCACUCGUUUAUCCCAACUGGUGCAUAGUGUCAGAGCCAUUUUACAGCGGACCGCAAGGGUACUGUUUGUGUCUUAAGCUUUAUCCAGGUGGACGUCGCUUUCAUAGGGAAUCUCAUGUCUCUAUUGAUGUUUGGGUGUCUAAGGGAAAUUAUGAUGACAAGCUUCCUAUAGAUUAUCAGCAGCACUGCAAGUUCUCCUUUACUCUAAUAGACCAACAACUUGAUGCAAAGAAUGUGGUUUUAAGGCGUGAAAAGACACUCAAGUUUACUCCUGAAAGAACGUGUGAAGCUAUCGAUGAUUUUCUAAGUCACGAAACAAUGAAGUCACGAUCGUACCUUCGGAAUAAUGAACUCUUUCUUCAGUUUUGUCUUCAACUCAACAUGCCUUAAUUAAUUAACCUUCAAUGCGAGGAAGUCUCUAGUAGAUAGAAGCUAACGCAAAUUUAGCACAUGGAUGUUUUGUACAACAAGUUCUUAUCUUGUUGCAUUUUGAGAUAUAAGCUAGUAGCUGUGGAAUAUGUCUUUUUGCAUUGUGGACAUUGUACUCUGUUCUUGUCUGAGGUUUUGUAGCUUGUUCCUGGUUCUGUUCGAGAUGUGGUAGCAGCUGUGGUCGUCCUGCCGUCCUGAAGGCAUGCAGUUGUCUCCAGUUCAGUGAAUGGACCUGCAUGGU